ACUGCAGUUGGCGAAUUUCACCGAGUAAAACCGAGUGAUGCGGCUCAGCUGACUGUGAGGAUUGAGCUAUAUGUCAAUGGGAUUGAGGAUCACUUCUCAGUUUAGCCAGUGAAUCAAGAAUAAAACCAGCUUCUGAUUGAUCGAUACGGCCAAACACAGCCAUGCCGUCGCUUUUGUUCUGCGGGCCGAAGAUGGCCGCGUGCGGGAUAGUGAUCAGCAUCUGGGGUGUCAUCAUGCUGGCGAUGCUGGGGAUCUUCUUCAGCGCCAAGUCGGCCGUGCUGAUCGAGGACGUCCCGUUCACCGAGGAGGACAUUCGGAAGGAUCAGAACCCUCCCCAGAACAUCUACAGUCUCUACAACCAGGUCGGCAUCAACUGCUUCAUCGCCGCCGGCAUCUACGUUGCCGUGGGCGCCGUCUCGCUCUGCCAGGUGCGACUCAACAAGCGCCAGGAGUACAUGGUCACAUAGACGGCCGACGGCCGCCAUAUCUGACCCCCCCCCCCCAACCCACCCCCACCGAAGACCACCGGAGGAACCUGACGUCAGCGGCCGCCUGGCCACAAAGUUUUACGUUACAGCGUCACCCAACGGACCAAUCAGCAGCUGAGUUGCGGGGGAUUAAUGAAGCGAGAAUUAUUUAUUUUAAAGUUACAACCUUUGGAUGUUUGUUGUUGUCUGCUGUGAUGUUUCUGGGUGUUGUUGGUGUUGUUUUAAAUGUUAAAUCAUUCCCUUUUGAACGGAUUAUUCAUGGAAACGUUUGUGAAAAGCAUUAAGUAAAAUAAUUUUAUUGCUAAUUCCUUCUGAAAAAUGAAUAAAACAAACUAAGGAUGCACCGAAUCCAGAUUUUUCUGAAUCCACUGGUUAAAGAUUCUGCUGAAGAGAGAGCUUCAAAAUCCCAAAUUCAGCGAACUUCUCUGGAAGAAAGUCUGACUCGAUUAGUUUUAUUUAUAAUAUCAGCAAACGUUCCAGCUGCCUCGAAUGAUCAAGGUGCAUUCUGGGCGCAUAUUGCCAUCUUGAGCUAUACUUUAUAGGGAUGCACUGAAUCCAGAUUUUUGUGAUUCGGCUGAAUCCUGAAUCCCCUGGUUGAGAUUGUGCUGACUCCUCCCCCCAUCCUCAGUCCAUGAACACAUGAAUGAAGUCAACAAAUCGUGAGCUUAGAAUUAUAAGGUUCUAUCUCCACUUUUGGCCGAAAUUGAGUUUUUCACAUUAUCUGAUCCCUUAGGUGUUUAUUAAUGCCUGUGUGGUGUUAUUUUUGUAAAAAAAUAUUUUCUUAGUUAGUUAUUAAUAAAAUAAAAAGGUUCCAUCUCACAAAAUAGCUGGGAUGUAAAAACUUUGAUGCUCAAUAUCUCAGAACUACCCUAAACGGAGAUAGAACCUUAUAAUGCUAAGCUCACGAAAUGGUCAACACAAGUUUUCAGCUAGAAACCGAAUACCGAAAUAUUCAGUGCUAGACAUUCAGUGGCUUUUUAAUUUCAAAAUCCAAUGACAUCAGAUUUACUUCCACAGUCUUGGGUCCACCACAAAAAAAGGGAUCUUGAGUUUGUUUCAAGCUUUUUAUAUUAGUCCUGCUCGAUUUAUGGAAAAAAAUCUAGGGAUGCCAAAUACUGAAUCCACUGGUUAAGAUUCUGCCGAAACUGAAUCCCAAAUCCUCCUCCCAUCCUCAGUCCAUGAACACAGUAAACACAUGAAUGAAGUCAACAAAUGGUUAACGCAAGUUUUUAGCUAGAAACCGAAUACCGAAAUAUUCAGUGCUAGACAUUCAGUGGCUUUUUAAUUUCAAAAUCCAAUGACAUCAGAUUUACUUCCACAGUCUUGGGUCCAC